CAUUUGCAAAAGAACAACAUGAAGCGGAAACUGCUGUUUGUUCUGUGCGUCUUUACUCUGCUGAUGCUUUAUUCCAAUACAGGGAUAGCAAAUAUGGAGAAGUCUAAGGCAUCUGAGUUUUUGGGAAAAAUUAAAAAUAAACGUUCUUUACAUGAAGAAUGUUAUGUGGAAAAUUGUACUUAUGAGGAAGUCCUGGAGGCUCUUGGAAACCGUAAAGAUGCUGAUGAUUACUGGAAUCAAAAGAAUGGAAAAUGAAUGUCAUCAAAAGUUUUAUUUUGGUCUACAAAUAUGUUGUUUUUUUAAGAAUUUCAAGAAUCGUGUGUUAUAACUGAACUGCAUGCUGGGAUAUGGGAAACAAACCGAAAAUGAAUAAAGAUUAUUUGAAAUUUUAAAA